AUGCCUACAGGUGAGGUGCGAACUGCGCCAAUAGUAAACGCUAUCUUGCAUGCUGGCAAAAUGCUAUUCGUUCCAAAAAUCCUAACGAAAGACGGGACUAUGGAUUUCUUCCGUAUAUACUCUUCUGCCGAUCUUGCAUCGCUUCCAAGUGGAACGUGGGGGAUCAAGGAACCAGGGGAAUCAUUGGAAGGAGGUCAAACACGGUCUCGAGGAGUUGCAUUUGAUCGCACACUCUCCCGGCUUGGGCACGGCAAAGGUUACUAUGAUAGGUUUAUCACAGCAUAUAACUCGGCGUUCGCAUACUCGCCGUCAUCAACCUCCGUCACCUCUGUAUCAUCAAAUCACCGGAAACCACUGCUCGUUGGUCUUGGACUGCGCGAACAGCUUUUGCCAGGGGGGGAGGUUCCUAUUGGAGAACAUGACUGGAAAAUGGACGUCAUUAUCACUCCCGAUGAAACUAUCACUUCUGACAGCGCAGAGAAAGCAAGUAUCGCAACCAAGGCAUGA